UUUAUCUAAAAGAGCUGUAGCUAGUUAAAAUACUUUCUACUGUAGUAAAGAUGGAAAGGGUGAAGUCCAAACUUCAUGCCAGCAGAGUCAACAGAACUUCAAAGUUCAUAUAAUGGAGGCAAUAGUUAAAGAAGUGAGUCAGUGGACUAUUGCAACCAAUGUAAUGAUAGUGAAAAAGAUAUAAAUACGAAUAAAACACCAUUAAAAAAAUAGUUUAACCAAUGAUUUUGUAAAAAAAAUAAAUAAAAAUAAGCACCAUUGGCUUGGCAAGGGAAUUCACAAAAGCGUAAACUUCCUAGUGUAAACUAGCUAUCUGUCAAAUUACCUGGAUGGUCUCUUGUGCCAGGAAAGGAAAUGUUUGAAGAAAAAAAGAAAAGCAUCAGCUGUCACUUAUGAACAUUCUGUCCAUGUAAGAAAUAGCCAACAGCACGCUUAAUCUAUAAUCAUACACAUACUGUAUGUAUUAGCCCUGGUUGCUGUUAGCCCAAGAGUAAACAGUUAGCAUAGAUUAGAGUGUUAGCAACACAUUUUAGCCAGAGAUAGCAAGGCUAGCUAGGUAAGUAAAAUGAUAACAAAUAAACAACCACAGAAAGAAAAGGUAUAUUAAAAUGGGUUCUAAAAGAUAGUCUAACAAAAAGGGCAUUUACUGAGCAGAUGAAAGAUGUAUGUCAAUGUUUGCUUGGCCAAAAAAAAAAAGGUGGCUAUAACAGCAUUAGCUUAGCUGCUAUGGAACUGUGCCAGUAAGGGUUGCUAUAGCAACAGGACGUUCAGCUGAAGCCUGCAGCUGGUGGCAGAAUCGGCUGAAGUAAUUAGAUUACAAACCUACAUGUUGCUCCAAAGCCAAAUCUCUGCACCCCAAGAGGUCAAUAACUCGUGCUACACAAAGCUGCGGUCAAGCAGCCGCGGAUAUAGUGUUCCUGUCAUCUUGUGUCAUAAGUGUGACACACACACCACCUGAGCUCCUGAGGAGGUGUCCAAACAUGAGCACACACUCCCGCCUCACCGUGGAACAGUAUGUUGUCUCCUACAUACAUUCACUGAGCUAUUGUCCUAUACUUCCAGGUGCAGGUCACCCUAUCCCACCUCUUUAAUUAUGCACACUAAGAAGGGCCCCCAUCUGAGGUUUGGGUCCAGGCGGCGCUGCUCCUUGGUCUUACUGUGCAGUGGCUGUCCGAGAGGAUACAGAAAGAGGAGCUCCUGCUGGUUUGAAACCGCCGACUGUGAAUGAGCAGAGCCAACAUGGAGAACAGCAAGGUGACCACUCAUUAGUGCAGGGACUGAUAUAACAGUAGGAAACUUUAACCCGUCACGCACAGCACAGGUGUCAUUAAUAACAUCACUAAUUACUGAAAAGGAGCCAUGAUUGAUAAUAACAGCUACACCUGUGCAUUUCCCGCAAUUAAUCAACUACGCAAGACCAAUGUGUGACGUGUAAGGGUUAGAAAAUCACAAAACAUCAGCAUGGGAAUAAAAGCUCUUCAGGAGGAAAAAUGUGGACCUGUCCCUUUAAGCGUGGCUCACCCCUGCUGCGUGUCUGUGUGUGUGUGUGUCCCCAGCAGCCAGUGAAGGAGGUGCUCCCCCUGCCUCGCCACCCUUCUCCACUUCCUGUGACCUCUUCCUCUCUGACCCCUGCUGCCAUUUCAAAGAAACCCUCCGCGGGCUCCAUCCAGCAUGUCCAGGUGGCCUCGUCAGUUGUGACAUCGUUCCACCAUCUGAAGCCCCCAGAGAGGGACCUCACCCUCAUGUCCCACAUGAAGUCUAUGAAGUCCCUGAGGCACGCCGGAUUCACUGCAGUCUUCACGGGACAAACGAAGCUCGACAGUGAGGAGCUGUUGGAGGAGGUGCCCAUCGUCGAUGUGAUCCUCGCUGACAUCGACUCCCUGGUGCCCACUCACGAUGAAGCCGGCUGCCCCAUAGCUGAGUGGAAACGACAGGUGAUGGUGCGGCAGCUGCAGGUCAGGCUGCAGGAUGAGGAGGAACAGAGGAGACAGGGCAUGGAUAAUGGCUGCACACCAGUGGAUGGCUGGAAGUACUCGCAAACCCACAACGCAGUCCUGGGGCCCUUUGGCGAGCUCCUAACAGAUGAUGACCUGGUGUACCUGCAGCAGCAGAUUGAGACUGUUUCACUGCAGAAGCGCUGCCAGGCCUAUGAGCUGGAGCUGACCAGGCUGACCGAGGAGCUGAGGUCGAUUUUACCAGAUCCAAUUGUCAACAUCUCGCUGAACAAGGAGGUCCUACAGCAGAUGGACACAGAAGGGAAAAUUCAGUUCACUUUGCCAGUGUGGUGCAGUCGUGUCUCGGAGAUCGUUAAGAGCAUGUCACUGCUGGUGGCUAAUCUGACCCAAACCACAGAGGACGGGGGUGAGAGGAAGAUAGUGGAAGGUGUGAUGGAGGGGAUGAAGGGUUUGCAUGGGGUCAGGGAUAGUUUAGGAACUGAUUUAAGCCAGGAAUUCGAGCAAGAGAUGGUGCCAGCACAUGGUGAGACCUCUAGUGGAUAUAGGAUUCCCCUUAUAGGGAUGGCGUCCGCCUUUAGCCAUCGUCUAGAGACCAACAGCUACAGCAGAGCGCGGAGGGAGAGGGUGGAGAGAGAGAUCCAACAGUCGGGCGUAUCUGUCAGAAACCUCAGAUCCAACUUUGAAGGUCAGAUUGGUGCGAUCUACCCCUUCGGUGGGGUUGUGAGAGGAGACCCAGGAAUGUUUGGAGUCUCGGCAGUGAACAAUCAGAACGCCAACGCAAGCCUCAGCUGUGGUUCGAACAACUGUGAUCCUCCAAAAGCACGUAUACCUGUGAUGGAGACUACCAGCUUAAGAAAAGAGCGAAUAGUGGUGCUUUUCCUGAGCCACUGGAAGAAAUCUGCAUAUGCUAUUUCAGUGAGAGCGGCGAGGCAGAGACAGGGACAGGAAGCAGUGUCAGGGAGAGUGACAGGAGCGCUGCCCCCACAGAGGAUCACCUCCAUGUUUCAAUUCUGCCAACAACGAGGUGCUGUGGACAAGAUGCUAAACUCCUGGAGGAAUAAACUAGAGCUCAAGGAUGUGCAAAAGCCCUCUUUAUCCUUCUCUAACUCUUCACAAAACCCACCUCCUCGAGAAGCCUACUCCCCGGAACAAUUCCUGCCAGACGUUGACGGUGUCGCAGUGAGCCACGAUAGCUUGACCCUCGACCUCUUCAUGUUGGGAUACUUUAACAUCUUAGAGCAGGAGCUGUCGCCUGAGGAGAGGAAGAUGAGGCACCUGCUCUGCUUCGAAGUCUUCGACCAUGUCGGCGGAUUCCCCUGGGAGGUGGUGAGGGACUUCCACAAGGCUGUUCUCCAGGAGAUCCGGGCCGGCAGCCGACAGUGGAGCGACGGCUUCGAGGACAUCAAAGUUCGCUUCUUUGGGGACUCAAGACCGUGCCGCUGUCCGUCACCAUCACCAUCGUCAUUGUUGUCAGACUCCAGACUCGUGCCCAAAGUUAUAGUUCAAACUGCAACUCCAGAUGAGUGUGGCAGUGACACACACAUCUCCUGUUUCAACAACGAAGACAUUUGUAAAUACAUCGACCGAAGCUUUGCUUUCUGGAAAGAGAAGGAGGCAGAGCUGUUUGAUUUUGAACAUUAAUAUUAAGGUUUUUGACAUUUUUACACAAAAUCAUGGUUAUGUUGGUGUGUGUUUACUUUGGCUGACUGACAGGAGUUGACUAAAUUCUGUUCUGAAGCAUUAUUGAUGCAUCAUUAUUGCAAACUUAAGCUAACAUACCCAAUUAAUCCCAGUAGGUGACACACAACAGCUUCGAACAUGCAUCCCAAGAAUCCCAUAUAUGUUCUCUUUGAAAAUCAAAAGUUGGAAACAAACUUCUAUUUUUGGAAACAAACAAACAUUUCUAAUCAUAUUAGGUACUAAACGUGUAAAAACCCAGUGUGUCGGUGGCUCUGGAGGAGGCCGGGAACUCUUAGACCGGACAUCCCUUACGUAGUCAUGUGUUUCCCUGCAUUGCAAACUGGAUGCUUGGAGUUUAAAAUCUAAUGAAAGAUGCAUUAUGGGAAGUGAAGGAUCCAGACGUUUCCAUAAGUUUGAUACUAAAUGCUAAAGGCAUAAAAGUUGGGAUUUAUUUUAUUUAGUUGAAUAAGAAGUAUAAGAACAGUAUCAGAAGUGCAAGUACUCGAGCAGAAUUGUGUCUUUUCGAGACUUAUAUUUCUACAUUAUAAUUUGGGAUUUGCAAUAAAAUAAUUGAUUAAAAACGA